UUUCCUGGGCGAAGUCGCCGGUUUUCACUUCCUCGAUGCACACAGCUAACAACAUUGCACAAUGAAAAUACUCACUUUAUUGAGCUUAUUUUCCACAUUUUUAUCAUCCAACAGCAUUAAUAUCGAGGAUAACGCAGGGCAGUUCUUCAACAGUGGGCAUACUAACAACUGGGCUGUUCUGGUGUGCACAUCCAGAUUCUGGUUCAAUUAUCGUCAUGUGGCCAAUACUCUGUCCGUCUACAGAAGUGUUAAGAGGCUGGGUAUUCCUGACAGCCAUAUAGUUCUCAUGCUGGCUGAUGACAUGGCUUGUAACCACAGAAACCCCAAACCUGCCACAGUGUUCAGUCACAAGAACAUGGAGCUGAAUGUGUACGGUGACGAUGUGGAGGUGGACUACAGAGGAUAUGAGGUGACAGUGGAGAACUUCCUGCGUGUUUUGACUGGCAGGCUGCCGCCCAGCACUCCCCGCUCCAAACGCCUCCUCUCUGAUGACCGCAGCAACAUCCUCAUCUACCUGACAGGCCAUGGUGGAAAUGGCUUUCUGAAGUUCCAGGACUCCGAGGAGAUUAGUAAUGUGGAACUGGCUGACGCUUUCGAGCAGAUGUGGCAGAAAAGAAGGUACAAUGAGCUGCUCUUCAUCAUUGACACCUGUCAGGGCGCCUCCAUGUAUGAGCGGUUCUACUCUCCAAACCUCAUGGCUCUGGCCAGCAGUCAAGUUGGAGAGGACUCCCUGUCUCACCAGCCAGAUUUGGCCAUUGGAGUCCACUUGAUGGACCGUUACACCUUCUACCUGCUGGAGUUCCUGGAGGACAUCCACCCUGCAAGCAAGGCCAACAUGAAUGACCUGUUCAAAGUAUGUCCCAAGAGUCAGUGUGUGUCCACACCGGGCCACCGCACUGACCUUUUCCUGAGGGACCCAGGAAGUGCUCUCAUCACAGACUUCUUUGGCAGCGUUCGCAAAGUGGAGCUCACCAUGGAGGCCAUCAGCCUGACCGACCCCAUCAAGCAGGAGGAGCAGAAUGCUGUGAAUGGAGAGCUGCAAAGAGCGACAUACUCGUAUGUGGACCAGCUGCCAGUGGCCGAGAUCAUCCAUCAGAAACCAAAGCAGAAAGACUGGCAUCCUCCUGAUGGCUUCAUCCUGGGCCUGUGGACUCUAAUCCUCAUGGUGUUUUUCAAGACGUACGGCAUCAAGCACCUCAAACACAUCUUCUGAGGCCUCUGCAUUUACGCCGCUGGAUAUAUGAGGACACGGAGCUGCAGAUAGGAGCUUUUACCGAAGGGAUAUUAGAGGAAAGGUGCGGUUUGUGACAGGCUUAUUUUCCCGAAAAUGGAAAGGAGAUGUAUGGCACCAUAACUGCUUGGCCAGGAACUGUGUGAUGCAAUUGGUGCCUCUUUUUUUCUUCUUCUUUCUUUUGGAUGAUUGCUCUCUACCGAUGAAAUGUUUGUGCACUACUGCAGAUGUGACGAAAAAGAACGGACAAAUACUUGAAAGAUAUGCAAGGCCUCAUCUCUUCACAGGCCUACCACAAGCAGGAGUGUGUUAAUUUUUAAGUGUUUGAUGUGUCUAUUGACAAGAACUCAUAUUUAUUUAUUUUUGCCUCAAAAGUUCUGUUUUGUCAAGCCAUUCCGUAAUUGCGUUGAUUUGGUUAAAAAUGCACUGAAUUGCGUCCACAGAUAAGAAUUUAAUUUAUUUUCAAGAGCGCGCUACUUUGCAUAUUUCAGCAGCAGCAGCAGCCUUUUUGUUUAAGUGCUACUCAGAACGUCUGCUCGGUCACAGAAAGGAAAGUGUGGAAAGAGGGCAGGCUGAUUGGCUGUGAGUGGGCUGUGAAGAGAUUACUAUUUAAUGUCUCCCUUGUCCAUAUACAUUACACCCCUUGACCGUCAUAUCACGCUUGUGAAGGAUAACAAUCGCGCAUAAUCCCAUCUCGCAUGAUGGACCCAUCCACUUUCCCAUUCACCAAAUUGCCCUCCCUGUGGAAACAUCCAUUAGCUCCCCAGCCGUGUACUCCACUGAUUGUAUUCUGGGUGAUGGACAGCUAUUUCCCCGGCCAUUCCACGUCUCGCGCUACAGCAGCGAUAAGUGAGUGAUAACCUAGUAAGCCGCCGGCCGUCCCAAAUGAAUCUCCUCUGUGCUGGGACGUGUUUUCCUCCAUUUUUUUCCCCCCACCUCCCUUUCCUUGCAUGUAUAACCACUCUGCAUUAGGCUUAUUGUUGGUGGGAGUGACUGAUGUUCAAAGCAUAUGGAUCGAACCUGCGGUACUUUAUCUUUGCUCCUUGGCACGAGGACCCGCCCAUCGGGUGCCCGCUGCCACUCUCCCUUGCGGCUGAAGUGGAAAAUAGAUGGAGUUGGAAAUGAAACCAUAUGUAUCGGAAGGCAGCUGCUGUGUCAGCCACCAAGUACCUUUUCUUAUACAUUAUUUAUGCAACGCUUAUUUCUUCUUCCUUCUUCCUCCCCGUUUCUCAUUUCCUGUAAUCUUAUUCCUCCUGUUCACCUUUCAGAGAGAGCAAGCUCAUUUUGAUACCCCGAUUAAAGAUGAAACACUGAAUCAAA